AUGGAUACUGCUCAGACUCAGAGAAAACACAAGAAAAGGAGGCUAACACAAGAGCAAGUUAGUCAAUUGGAGAAAUGCUUCACGUUUAACAAGAAACUCGAGCCAGAUCUCAAGCUUCAACUGUCGAACACGCUAGGUCUACCUCAGAGACAAGUCGCAGUUUGGUUUCAGAACAAGCGAGCCAGGUCCAAGACUCAGUCUCUCGAGCUCCAACUCUGCAAUCUCCAGUCCAAGCUCGAAGCAGCCCUCUCUGACAAGGCAAAGUUAGAACAUCAGGUGCAGUUUCUCCAAGAUGAGCUGAGGAGAUCGAGGAAUCAGCUUGCUCUGUUCAAGAAUCAAGAUUCUCCUGUGGAUAAUUCUAAUCUUGGUUCUUGUGAAGAGGGUCAUGAUGAUCAAGUGGUGGUCUUUAACGAGCUUUACGCUUGCUUCGUUAGCAAUGGACAUGGAUCUUCAUCAACCUCAUGGGUCUGA